AACACACCAACCAUGUCUAUCGUGAGAAGGAGCAGUGUGUUCGACCCCUUCGCCGACCUCUGGGCUGACCCCUUCGAAGCCUUCCGCUCCAUCGUCCCUGCGAUGUCGGAUUCCGACACCACCGCCUUCGCGAAUGCUCGCAUGGACUGGAAGGAGACCCCUGAGGCACACAUGUUCAAGGCGGAUCUUCCUGGCGUGAAGAAGGAGGAGGUCAAGGUGGAGGUGGAGGAUGGUAACGUGCUCGUUGUCAGCGGCGAGCGCACCAAAGAGAAGGAGGACAAGAACGAGAAGUGGCACCGCGUCGAACGCAGCAGUGGCAAGUUCGUCAGGCGCUUCCGCCUCCCGGAGAACACCAAGGUGGAGGAGAUGAAAGCCGGGCUGGAGAACGGCGUGCUCACCGUCACCGUGCCCAAGGUUGAGGUCAAGAAGCCCGAGGUGAAGGCCAUCGAGAUCUCUGGUUGA